UCACCCUGGCAAGAACGCCACAAUAUACGACCUCCCUGGGAUUGUUGCAAAAGCGUUGCCACAGGCAACAACACCUGAGAACAUCAUGUCGGGUUUCAGGUGCACUGGUAUCUGGCCCUACAGCCCUGAUGUGUUUGGAGAAAAUGACUUCGCUCCUGCAUAUGCAACCGACCGACCAGAGCCAACUACCUUGACAUCCUCUGCAGAUUCCUCCACACUCCACCAGGGCUCCACCACACUCCACCAGGGCUCCUCCACACUCCACCAGGGCUCCUCCACACUCCACCAGGGCUCCUCCACACUCCACCAGGGCUCCUCCACACUCCACCAGGGCUCCUCCUUUCUCUCUUCACCAGGGCUCCUCCUCUCUCACCACCAGCGCUCCUCCACACUCCACCAGGGCUCCUCCUCUCUUCACCAGGGCUCCUCCUCUCUCCACCAGCGCUCCUCCACACUCCACCAGGGCUCCUCCUCUCUCCACCAGGGCUCCUCCUCUCUCCACCAGGGCUCCACCACACUCCACCAGGACUAA